AAUACCACUAUAAGAACUUGACUGUCUCUCUUCAUAUCUCCCACCUUCAAUUAAUAUGUGCAAACUACAUUGAGAGUGAAAUUUACAAUAUGAAAACCAUUGUUGCUACUGUUAACUUGGCUCACUUAACUCUGCUACUCUCAUUUUUUGCUCUAUUUCAUCAGCACAUAAUUGAACUUUGUUCAGCUGAUAAGCUCAUUAGUGUUCCAUGCAUUGAAACAGAGAAAGAGGCACUCCUUGCCUUCAAAAAUUCACUCAUUGAUCCUUCAAAUAGAUUGUCUUCAUGGGUUGGUGAAGAGUGCUGUAAAUGGGAAGGAAUUGGUUGCAGCAGCAGUCAGACUCAAGGACAUGGUCAUGUCACAAAGCUCAAUCUCAGAAAUCCAUUCUCUUUAGUCUACAAUAGUGGACUUGAUGACCCAACUAGUGCCUACAAAAGGUCAUGUUUGAGUGGUAAUGUAAGUACUUCUUUAACCCACUUGAAGUACUUGAAUUAUUUGGAUUUGAGCAUGAAUGAUUUUCAAGGGAUUCCCAUUCCUAAUUUUUUUGGAGAGAUGGUAAAUUUGGAGUAUCUUAAUCUUUCUUUUGCAUCAUUCUCUGGUUUGAUUCCUUCAAGCCUUGGAAAUUUGUCAAAGUUGCAGUUUCUAGACCUCUAUGCAGAUUCUUAUCUCAAUAUAGGAUCAUGGGAAUUAAGGGCUGACAACUUGAAUUGGAUCUCUGGCCUCUCUUCCUUGAAACUUUUUAAUUUGGGAUAUGUCAAACUCAAUGGGGUUGGAGAAACUUGGCUCCAAAAAAUUAAUUUGCUUCCAUCAUUAGUGAGUUUAAAUUUGUAUUUUUGUGAACUUAAUGGCUUACCUGUUUCACUUCCUUUCAUCAACUUCACUUCCCUUUCAGUCCUUGAUUUGUCCCAAAAUUCCUUUAAUUCUCCAAUGCCUCUAUGGUUGUUCAACCUUACCAGUCUCAGGACACUUCACCUGAGUUGGAACUUUCUUCAGGGUUCAAUUCCUUGGGAGAUUACAAAUUUGAAAUCUCUAGAGGUCCUUGAUCUAUCUGAUAAUUUGGGUCUUGAGGGUCAUAUUCCAGGAUUUUUAGGACACCUUACCAAGCUAAAGGUAUUAGAUCUUUCUGCAAAUGAAUUUACUGGGGGGAUUCAUGAACUCUUAAACAGUGUCUCAAAUAACAAUAUAUUACACACACUCGAUUUAAGUUCUAAUUCUCUAGAUGGUGUGUUGCCUGAGUCACUAGGAAAGCUUAAAAAUCUCCAACAUCUUCUCCUUUCUAGCAAUGCCUUUUUUGGUUCGAUUCCUGAGUCUAUUGGGAACAUCUCAUCGUUAGAGGUUUUAGACCUCUCUUACAACAAAAUGAAUGGGACAAUUGCUAAAAGUUUUGGGCAACUCUCUAAACUAGAAAAUGCAAACCUGUUAAUGAACUCUUGGGGAGGUGUCCUUACCAAAACCCACUUGUCAAAUCUCAAAAGCUUGAAAAGUCUUAGAAUUACAUUAGAUGAACCCAACUCCCUUGUUUUCGAAAUUCCUAAUAAAUGGCUGCCCCCUUUUAGGCUUAAUACCCUCCAAAUCUUAAACUGUAAAGUAGGUCCUACUUUUCCCAUGUGGAUUCAAGUUCAAACUGAACUCAUAUCUGUUACCCUUAGGAAUGUUGGAAUAUCUGAUACUAUACCGGAACAAUGGUUCUCGAGUUUAGCUCCUCAAGUUACCCAACUUGACCUAUCAAAAAAUCAAAUAGAAGGGAAGUUGCCACACCAGUUGAAAUUUCCACACUUGAAUAGUAUUGAUUUGAGUUUCAAUCACUUUGAUGGCUCAUUCCCAUAUUGGUCUUUUAAUGCAAGUCAGCUAUCUCUUGAGAGUAAUUCUUUCUCUGGGCCUAUUCCUGAAAAUAUUGCUGAAUUAAUGCCAAGGUUGGAAAGGUUGUAUCUGUCUCAUAACCACCUUAGUGGUCAAAUUUCUCAAUCCUUAUGUGAUCUGCAUAGUCUUCAAGUUCUUUCUUUGAGAAGUAAUCAUUUCUCUGGUGAGCUUCCCAGUUGUUGGGGCAAUUCAUACAUGUUGUGGGGAUUUGAUGUAACAAAUAACAACUUAUCUGGUUUAAUCCCAAGCUCAAUAAGUUCACUUCGAUCGCUCAGUGUAUUGAUGUUAGGCAACAAUAAUUUCCAUGGAGAAAUUCCUGCUUCUUUACAAAACUGCACUGGCUUGACCACAAUUGAUCUAAGCAUGAACAAUUUCAUAGGAAAGGUACCAUCAUGGAUAGAAGGAAGAGUUUUGUCUUCGCUUUUCAUGAUACGACUCAAUUCAAACAAAUUCUCAGGCUUUAUUCCAUCAACAUUAUGCAGUCUUUCCAAUCUUCAUACUUUAGAUCUUUCAGAAAAUAACUUCUCAGAGGUCAUUCCAACAUGUUUGGAUAAUUUGACAGCAUUGGUAUUCAGCAAAAGCAGUGAAGUGUUUCAAAACUUAGUUUAUGUUGUUUUGAGAGGAAGAGUACCUGAGUAUAGCAACUUCAUUGGCCAUGUCAACAGCAUUGACCUUUCAGGGAAUGACUUAACUGGAAAAAUCCCAGAUGAAAUUACAAACAUUUCUGGUUUGCAAAGCUUGAAUCUGUUGAGAAAUCGUAUUAGUGGAAGAAUUCCAAGCAACAUUGGAAACUUAAAAAGGUUAGAAACACUUGAUAUGUCGCGUAAUCAUCUCGCAGGGCCUAUUCCUCAGAGCAUUACUGACAUGAUUUCUUUGAGACACUUGAACUUGUCAUACAAUGAGCUUGAAGGGAGAAUUCCUCCUCUUCCACAGUUCAAUGAUGCCACCAUUUUCCAGGGAAAUCCAUUGCUAUGUGGGCAUCCACUUCCAACCGAAUGCAAGCACACUUGAGCAUUUUGGUUCUAACAGCUAAACUGAUGAGUGUUCAAAAACUGUAUAUAAAUAAAUGUCCAAUGAUAACUAUUCAUUGAUGGCAUGAAGCAGGGGACAAACAUUAGUAUUGUAACUUCUAAAACUUGUUUGUUGACCAAGAAUAAGGAAUAAACAAAUGAUAUAUAAUGAACUGAAGUAUUUAUAAACAAAA